ACCGCAACCGCGGCGAGUAUCGGUGCUGCCGGUAUCCCUCAAGCCGGCCUGGUCACGAUGGUCAUGGUGCUGGACACCGUUGGACUUCCAUCUGGGGAUAUUUCUUUGAUCCUUGCCAUCGAUUGGCUGCUGGACCGGUGCAGAACGACUGUCAACGUAGUGGGCGACUCGUUGGGCGCCGGUAUCGUCAACCACCUCAGUAGAAACGAGCUCGCGGCGCUUCCGCAUCACACCGGCCAGAGCCAGAGCCAGAACGGCGGAGGAGGCGACAACAACCACGCAACGUCGAUAUGAGACGAUGCCCCCACGGAGCUGUAAACUAAAUCCGAGAACUACAGCUGCGGGAAAAAAAAUUAUAAGUGUCGAGCGAGAGAUAACUCGAGCAAAAUAUAUAUAUAUAUAUAUACACAUAUAUAUUAUUACCUACAAAUAGGAGCGUGUCAAGCGCGCGCGUUUUGUUGCUGCGGAACUUUGUAUUGGGUGUUGGAGAAGAGAGGCGGUUUCCACUUGUGAGAAAUCGGCGAGUCAUUGUUUUAGAGAA